CUCUUCCUUCUCGUAUCCUGAGUUGUUUCGGAUUCGGUUCUUGCGUUUUGAUUCGAGAUGACUAUCCUCAUUGAUCAGCCCGAGCUCGUGGGGGAAGAGGAAAAGAAGGUCCUCGUUGAAGAAAACGGGUUGGUACUUGAUGGUGGUUUUCUGGCGCCAGAGACAAAUUCUUUUGGCCAAACAUUUAGGGCCUAUGACGCAGAGAGUCAGAGGCAAGCAGGAGUGGAGAACUUCUACAGGAUCAAUCACAUCAGCCAGACAUAUGACUUUGUGCAGAGGAUGAGGGAGGAUUAUGGGAAAUUGGACAAGGUGGAGAUGAGCAUAUGGGACUGCUGUGAGCUGCUGAAUGAUGUGGUGGAUGAGAGUGACCCUGACCUUGAUGAGCCCCAGAUCGAGCACUUGCUCCAGACUGCUGAAGCCAUCAGAAAAGACUACCCCAAUGAGGAUUGGCUUCACUUGACUGGCCUCAUCCAUGGUACUACUAAAAAAAUUCCCAAGUACUUCUUGAGAUUUAGGAUACUUGUCCAUUACUUUGUUUCAGAAAAGAUUGUGCUAUCAGAUCUUGGGAAAGUGCUGCUUCAUCCAAGCUUUGGGGAGCUUCGUCAGUGGGCUGUUGUGGGCGACACGUAUCCUCUGGGCUGCGCUUUCGACGAGUCAAUCGUUCAUCACAAGUACUUCAAGGAAAAUCCAGAUUACCACAAUCCAGCAUACAACACUAAAUAUGGAGUAUACUCAGAAGGAUGUGGACUCAACAAUGUUCUGAUGUCAUGGGGCCAUGAUGAUUAUAUGUAUCUGGUUGCCAAGGAGAACGGAACAACCCUGCCUUCAGCAUCACUCUUCAUCAUCAGAUAUCAUUCCUUUUAUUCUUUGCAUAAGUCAGGAUCAUACAAGCAUUUGAUGAAUGAGGAGGAUGCAGAGAAUCUUAAGUGGCUUCAGAUAUUUAACAAGUAUGACCUUUAUAGCAAGAGCAAAGUCCGGAUAGAUGUAGAGAAGGUCAAGCCUUACUACCUCGCCCUUAUCGAAAAAUAUUUCCCAGCAAAACUGAGAUGGUGAAUUGGGGGAAGAGGUAAUGAAGUCUGUGACAGAUAAAGAAGUAGGGCACAUGGUUAUGAAUCAGCUGUGAUUGUUGAUUAGAGAUCAAGAGUUCAGAUCACUGUUGGUGAUGGCUGUCAUGUAAUCUUUACUUAGGAUCUUGUACAUCUAAUGAAUGCAUGUAGCAUUUCUAUGGAAUAAUAAGACCCGCUUCC